AGUCCGCUCGUCACCCCCGCCACCCAGCUCCGCUUCCGGUCUCCACAGACGCCGGGGUCGCGAGCCGCCUUCCCGCCCGGUCCCCGUGCGUCAGCGACUGCCAGGCAAGGAGAUUUUAAUACACGGCGACGCCUUUAACCCUUCGGAAGGACUGGCAGGCGGUCCGGCAGCGACAAGCCAGCACGGCCGACCUCCCCGACGCCGCUCGACACCGCGCCGCCACCCUCCCGCCGCGCUGCGGUUCGAACGCGAGGGGCGUGGCCGGACGGAACCCCACACCCGGCGACCUCUAGACGUCGCGAGAUUUGAUAGGCGACUUCGGCUUUUGCGCUCCGGAAGUGGAAAUGGAGUAGUGAGGGAUCCCUGCGCGUUUGGUUACCUUGGAGAGCCGUUUUGGGUGCUGCUGUGUAGACGACCGAGGCCCCUCCAGGGCGUCCCGCGGAAGGAUCUUAAAAAUUGUACAGAAUUUCAAGAUGAGCGAUACUUCUGAAGAGAUUCCAAAUUUUGAAGAGAUGUUUGCAAACAGAUUCACACAAGACGACAAAGAGUACCAGGAAUACUUGAAACGUCCCCCUGAGUCCCCUCCAAUUGUUGAGGAGUGGAAUAGCAGAGGUGGCGGUAACCAGAGAAAUAGAGGCAACUGGCUGCAAGAUAACAGACAGUUUAGAGGUCGGGAUAACAGACGAGGAUGGCCAAGUGACAAUCGAUCAAAUCAGUGGCACGGACGGUCAUGGGGUAACAACUAUCCACAGAGACAAGAGCCUUACUACCAUCAACAGUACGGACAGUAUGGCCCCAACCAGCGGCCUCCAUAUGGUUACUACUGACAGAAAGGAUGCGGCUUUAACAAAAGGCCGUUCAUUUUGAUAAUGUGCUGAAUGUUCGUUUGUCUUCUUUUGGUCAUAGUUUUUCAUUCUAUUUUACAGAAUGGGUUGUUAAUUGUUUAGAACUUGAGACUUGAAAAUAAAUUGAUCUUGCUAGAGGUGUGACAAUUGAUGGGAAUAAAGUGUGGAUUAUAU